CGAUUGAAAGAAGAGGACAAAACACCACCAUAAAAAUCGUAUUAUCCAAGAAAUAAUCGAUACUUUACACCAGAUAGAGGUAUUUGUAGUCCAGGUUUGGAAAAAAGUUAUCUAGUGAACAAUUUUACACAGAUUUUUGGAGGCAGGAGGUCGUAAAUCUUGAAGUAAUUGUUGAACUAGAUCGAUAUGCCUCGCAAUGAAUCUGGUUCUUCGCCGAAGAAGAGAGCCGCUGCUACAGACCUGCAUGAAAGACUUAGUAAAGACGAGCUUAUAAAACGACUCAAGAACCUUGCUCAUGAACUGUCCAAUGCAGAUCAGACAGAUAGAACAGAAAAAUAUGGAACAGUUGCACAGUCCCUUGUCAGCCCAUUCAUUCUCAAACACAGAGAUAAAGAUGUCAAGGCACAUGCUGCAUGUUGCCUGGCUGACAUCCUUCGGAUCCACGCUCCAGAGGCUCCCUAUGAGGAAGAACAAUUAAAGGCAGUGUUUCUUAUGAUGACAAAUCAAUUAAAAGGGCUUGGAAAUACCAAAUCCAAUCUAUCCAAGAAAUCCUUCUAUCUUUUAGAGAGUUUAGCACUGGUUAAGUCCUUUAAUAUUUGCCUUGAGCUGGACUUUCAAGAUAUUAUACUGCAAUUAUUCAAAGUGCUCUUCCAAGUUGUCAAUGAAAACCAUUCAAACAAAAUUCAGAAUUUUAUGCUGGAUGUGAUGUGUCCUAUUAUUCAAGAGGGGGACUCCAUUCCCCAGGAGCUUCUAGACACAGUACUUAUCAACAUUGUUGAACCACAAAAGAGUGAGAACAUUAUAGCCUAUAAACUUACCUGUGAGUUCAUCAAGAGAACAUCCUCCUCUUUAGAGCCUUACUUGCAAAUGUUCUUCAACAGCAGUUUGGCUCUUGGUAAGACAGCAGACAGUAUUUUAGCAGAUAAUAUUUAUGACCUUAUAUUGGAGUUGAACAGAAUUUGUCCAAGUGUGCUGCUCUCAGUGGUUCCCCAGCUGGAGUUUAAAUUGAAGAGUGAGGAUGUGGAGGAGAGAUUGUCAGUCACUGAAUUACUUGGCCAGAUGUUUUCUGAGCAGGACUCUGAACUAGCAACUCAAAAUAAAGCCUUGUGGAACUCCUACCUGGGAAGAUUUGUGGAUAUUAAUGUGGAUGUACGUGUGGAAUGCAUAAAAAGAUGCAAGGAAUUUUUGAAAGAUCACCCUGACCUGGUGGCAGAUAUAAGUGAUAAACUCCACGAAAGACAACGUGACCCUGAUGAGAGGGUUCGACAAGAAGUGGUCAUUACUAUCUGUGAUGCAGCUGCAGAAAAUAUCAGUGGUGUCUCUGAUCAGCUUCUCAAUGAUGUGUGUGAGAGAACUAGGGAUAAGAAGUGGCAUGUCAGGAGGGAAGCAAUGAUGUGUCUCGGAAAAUUGUACAAGAAAAUGACAACAGGGGCUACUGCAAACAGAACAGCAGCAAAGAAAUUAUCUUGGGUUCCAAGCAAGUUACUUCACUGCUAUUAUCUGAACACUCCAGAAAACAGACUUUGUGUGGAGAGAAUAUUAAUCGGAUGCUUAGUGCCAGUCAGUUUAGAGGCUGACCAAAAGAUGAAAAGAUUGCUGCAUAUUUAUUGCAAACUUGAUGAAGCAGCAGUGAGUGCUUUUCAUGGAAUUUUGACCUGUCAGCAGAAGGUGCGUUCAGACAUAGCAGAUCUAAUUGAGUUAUCAACAGAAGAGAAGUCACAGGAUAAUGAGACACUGGUGUUCUCAAAGAUUAUCUCCCUUGCAAGAGCUUUUCCAGAUGCAUUUAAAUUUCAAGAAAAUCUCAAAAAACUGCGAGGGAUGAUUAAGGAGGCCACCUUAAGAGAACUAUUGAAGACAUGUGUUAACCCCAAUGUGGGGUGUUCAAACGUUUUCAAGGCAGUGAGUGACGUUGUCGUUAAGCUUGGUUCUAAGCAUCCUGUUCUAGAGACGCUCAAAGCGCUCUUGGAUCGUGCCGCUCCUCUUCUGGUAGAUGAACAGUGCAUCAAGGCGCUGUUCAAAUUGGUGAAGGAUGCAAUUGAAGGGCUCGCUGAUGAUGACGAUGAGGAUGAGUACGAGUGGCAUGAGAGUUCAGGAGUGAAUGCUGUUGGGAAAAAGGGACUGGCACUGUUGUUGGGUCUGGCUGGUGUCUUUCCUUCCCAGUUUCAAAGUGACGACACUUUUCAACAGGUGCUGGUCUUUCUGAAAAACAAGGAUCAAGAAAUAGUUGACCACUCUCUAAAGAUGCUUGCCUUGACCGGAGAUGGUAUUGAAAAAGUGAACAAGUCAUUGGCGAAUUAUUAUCAUCCAGUCUUGUCCAAAUUAGCCUUAAAGGGAACUCCUUGUCAAGCCAAGCAUUCGUUGAGAUCCAUCGCAAAGAUUUCUGCUGCUUCCUCACAGCCGUUUGAUCGUGUCUUCACUAACCUUGUCAGUUCCUUGAGCUACGAUUGUCCCCUUUUGCUGACCACACUGACAGCUCUCGGUGAGAUAGCAGUUCUAGCGCCAUCUCUGUUCGAGACGCAAAGACCAGCCAUUGUGAGAGAUUUUGUCGUUAAGGAACUCCUGAUGAAGGACAGGGGUGAAAUAGCAGAUUCGAAUGAAAGCGAAGGGGAGUGGUGCGAAGACAGAGAUGUCACCCAAGAAACGCAAGCGAAGGUCAAAGGUAUACGUUUGCUUGUGAAAUGGCUGCGAGGCCGGCAAGGAAACCACAAGUCGUCCGUUCAGCCCGUGCUAAGAUUGUUGAACAGCAUGCUCACUCAUAAAGGCGACUUACAACAGCAGGGAUAUGUGAAAUCUACUGAUUGUUCAAGACUUCGGCUGGCAGCGGCCUGUGGUAUGAUCAAGAUUGCACAGGAACCUAAUUAUACCGAGUACAUCACUUUGGAGAAUUUUCAGCAGCUUUCAUUAGUGAUGCAGGACCCUUGUUAUGAGGUACGUGACAAGUUUACCAAGAAGCUUCACAAGGCUGAAGACGUACUGAAACUUCCCCUGGAAUAUCUGGGAAUAUUUGCGUUGGCAGCACCUGAACCCGUGAAGGAAAGGAAAACACAGGUCAGACAAAUGAUCACAAAGAACGUCAAGACUCGACGAGAUUACUUGAAACAGCAUUCGGCCGCCCAAGAAUGUUCUCAUUCUAUCCUCCCGGAAUAUGCUCUGCCCUGCGUCAUCCACAUGCUGGCUCAUCACCCAGACUUCAAACAAGAUGAUCACGAGACACUGGUUCAAUUCAGAGAUUACCUUUGGUUCUUUAUGGAGCCAAUUAUGGCCAAAGCUGAUAACUACAGCUUUCUGAAGAAGCUGGUUGAAAACGUCAAAGAAACCAAAGAUGCGCAGGCACCAGACGACGAAGAAGUAAACAAGAAUCUUUACACGGUUUGUGAUCUUGCGCUGGGACUGAUCCUAAACAAGGUUCACAGCUUUGUUCUGAAAGAAUUUCCUGGCAACCUUGUUUUACCCAAAAGGUUCUUUGUACCUUCCGAGGGAGGUAGCCCGAACACUAAAAGUUACUUACCAAAAGGAUUCCAAUUCACCACUGUUAAGGGACAAAAGAAGGGGAGCACAGUUGAGUCAAAGUCGACGCCAUCAAAGUUUUCAUCAAAAACCUCCGCCAAGAGUGACAAGAAAACACCAGGGAAAACUCCAAGCAAGGCCUCAAAGAGUCCGAGAAGUACUUUAAAGGAGAAAGUGAAAGAGACUCAUUCAGACAAAGAAGAAUCUUCCUCAGAGACAUCUGAGAGUGGAUUUGCCAGUCCCCCUGAGGAGCAAACAUCUCCGAGAAAAAGAGGAAGACCGGCGAAUUCUUCAGAGAAAACCGCUGCAAAGAAAUCAAGAAAGGCCUCCCCAGAAAAGGAUACCAAAGCAGAAAAGAAAACUUCAGCAAAACAAUUGAACUUGUCAAAUAAACGUAAAAAUUCGCGACAAAAAGAUGCUUCUCCGCCGAAAAGUCCACUUCGACGCUCGCCAUUCGUAUCCACAGAAAAAUCGUCGACUGCCAAGUCAUCACCGAGCCCCCGAAAAGGACGAGCCGCGAAGAGACUGGUGUCUGAAUUAGAUACUUUACCCGAAGAUGGGCCAACGCCGGACAGCGGUACCUCAAGUUUGGAGUCACCGAAGAAGCCUCUUAGUACAAGACAAAUAUCACAGCAGAGCUCCAGGACGAAAUCUAAAAGUCAAGUAAACGGAGUAGUAGAUAAGAGUCCAUCUAAAGUCAAAAGGAAGAAGGACAUGGAAGAAUCAAAUUCCAGUCCGGUUAAAAAGAGCAAGGUAUCGGAGUCUGCACCAACCAAGCGAAAAGAGCUCGCAUUAGUGGUCAAAAGAAAGAUCAGUAAGAGAAGAUAAAAGGGAAUGAACAAUCGUAAUCUGUUUCGUUGUAAAUAGACAUCAAAUCAAGGAUCGUCCAAGUUCAUCUCCACUUCCAUUGUACAGUUUUUCACAAGACUCUUCAGGGCAGAGCAUAACGCAACUUUCAUUACCAAACCAGCAGAGUAUAUGUACUCAAGUUUGUUCACGUGGAUGAAACAAAGUUUUUGUUAGGAGACCUGAUUAUAAACCUGGGACGAACUGACCUAGGUGAUAACCUCAAUCAGUGACAGUAGCAUGCAUAAAGCCUAAUGUUCGGCUUAUUGAAGUGAUCUGACUGUGCUUUGUUUCCUUGCGACGAAUUCGUUCUGUGCAUUCAUUGGUCCGUUUGACUCGGAUAUUUUUCAGCACUUAGCUAGAUGGUUACUUCGUGACGUGUUGAUUUGGACAGUGCGUACGACCUGGAAACGAGAAGCCACUCGGCAACGAACUCGGAGCUAAACGUUGGGAUUUGUUGAUACUUCGGCACAACGCGCCAUUGGUCGAAGAAAGUCGUUUCUUAGUAUCGACUGAUUCUUGGAAACGAAAGAAAGGUUACAUAGAAGCGGCUGAUAAAGGGGGGAUGCGAGGGAUGGAAAGGAGUAUUUUCUCACGGCAGUUCUUUUGGACAGUUUUAUUACUGACAUUAUUUGACAUUUAUCUUUUAUCCUGCAGUUAUUUGUAUCCAUUCGCUACACGUCAGCGUUCUGAACAUUAGAGUACAGUGCGCAGUUGAUGUGUUUCAUGGCUAGCAACCACUGCACACUUUAUAGUGCCUUGAGUUGGCUUUUGUGCUGACACCCAAGCAACCGUAUCAAAAGAGUUUAGAAUAGUUAACAACUAUUUACCGAAGUGGAGGUGGUUAGUGGUGGAUAUUUACCGAGCCGCGAAGCGGUGAGGU